AUGUUGGCUUCUUUCUUGCAGAAGGAGGUGUGCCGUGUGCGAGUUCAAUCAUGGCUCAACAUGCUUGCGUACCUGGUGAAUCUUGGUAUCACCUACGGCUCCUUGACUGGGGCCUUUGGCGCCACCAACGAAGAGUUGAGCGAGAAGUAUCAGAGCCUGGUUACACCAGCUGGAUAUGCCUUUGCCAUUUGGGGAGCCAUCUUCACUUGGGAAGGCAUCUUUGCUGUGGCACAGAUGUUUCCCUCUCUCAGCACCAGCCCAGUGGUUGACACCGUCACACCUUGGUGGAUAUUUGCCUGCUGCUUCCAGGUGGCAUGGACGCUUUUCUUUGCUCAGGACCUGAUUCCCGGAUCCCUGGUGUGCAUGUUGGGAAUCCUUCUCAGUUUGGUCACUGCCAUUCUGCGCACAGACUUCCUGCCCGAGAUCUCCCUGAAGGAGUACUUCUUGCUGAGGGCACCUUUUUCAUUGCACUGUGGAUGGAUCAUCGCCGCGAGUGUCUUGAAUAUCAACGUCCUUGCAGACUACUACAUGUCAUCGCAAGAGACAUUGCUGAUGUUAGCCAUGGUUUGUCUCGCCGGCAUCGCCGUGAUCGUGGCCUUGUUCACAUUUGCAGCUCCCAGGGCCGACCCUUUGAUUGGUUUAGUGGCCGCUUGGGCCCUACUUGGCAUCUAUGUGGAACUGGAGAACCCUGAGAACUUGCUGAACAUGAACAAGUUCAAUUACAUUGCUUGGCCUCAGUUUGUGAUCGAAUCAGUUCGACGAACCGCCUUGGUGCUGAGUAUUGCUAGUGCAUGUGCUGCCUCGAUUGCCAUUUUUCGCAGUGGAUGGCAAAGGAUGCGUGCGUCUGACAAGUCUUUGACCAGUGACGAUGCCACCGCUGUGAUUUGA